AUGUCCGAGGCAACAGCGCAACUAGAGCUCAUUCGCAAACGGGUGACACAUGCUGAAACAGACGCGAAGGUUCUUCGCAGACGGCUCAGUAGACUGAUACCCGACGCCUGGGACAGGAUCCGCGAUCUGGAGGAGCAGAACGGCCGGUUCCCGCCAUUGCCAGCAAGACUUCCCCGCGCGGACUACGUACUUGUGGCCGACUCGCUCGAACGAGACAAACAAGCACUGCUCUUUUAUGUAGCAUGCGAGCAAGGCGCUUUGUCCGACGUGGUCGCAUUUGUGGAAGAGAGAACCCCCAACCCUAGCAAGGCGACGUUGCAGUUUGGGCUGGAGCAAGCAUCGUUUGCUUGUAAGCCAGAUGUAGUACAAUAUCUUCUUCAUCAGGGGGCAACUUUGCACAGCGGCUGCUUCAUGAAGUUGUUUGAGUUCCUUGGAGCUGGCCAGACUUCGACGCGACUGAGGUGCAUUUUCGACGAAGCCGACUAUGCUGCAGACACGGAUUCCUUCAUCGCACUGCUUUCAGUCUUUAUCAAGUCCGGAUUCUGGCAUCCGAAUCAGCCAUGGGAGUCACCCGCGAUGAUUGACCCUUACGUUGCUAUGUAUGCGUCUCGAGUCCUCACUGAUAGGAGGCUCCUGUUGUUCCUCCUGGAGCAUGGCGCCGAUCCGAACCUGAGUAGAUAUCCAAAGAGUGCUCGUGGGUCCUCUGAUAGGGAUGCUACUCCAUGGGCAAUCGACCGGCAAAGCCCGUCGCCACUCAAUUUGGCUGUCGCUCAAGGUGAUCAAUCCCUUUUCGACCUGCUGGUAGCUCAUGGAGCAAAGGCUGAGGGCGAGGGGCUUCACCUACUACACUCGCUUGUACGAGCAGCCAUGCAACACGACUUUGCUUCUACGCGACGCCCUAUGGCCGAAGGUAUCAUUGCUCAACGCCUGGCGGAUGUCAAUGAUGUUAAGCCGAUGCCGUACAGACACGAAGACUCGAGGUACUUUAUAGGUGGAUACACAGAAGACGAGACACCACUUACUCUGGCAUGCGCUGCAUCUGACUGGGAGUUCGUUGAGUGGCUAGUACAGCACGGUGCUGAUCCAGGAGCAUUGGGAGGGAAAGCUUAUACACAACUGUGGUGGAAUAAACCGUACGGCGCGAAUGAUCCUUCUCGACUGCUGGAAAUUCUCAACAGUCGUGCAAUUACUGAAGCAAUGGAGGGAAUGCUGGAUCCCUAA